GCAGCAGCAGCAGCAGCAGUAGCAGUAGCAGCAUCCACCUCCACCACUACAGAAGCUGGUUCUGCUUCUUCAUCACCAUCCCGAACAAGAGGAGAGUAUCAACAGCACUUUCCCCCUUACUUUGGGAGUGUUUUUGGAUUUACAUGCAAAGCCUUCAAGAUGAUGUCCAUGAACAGCAAACAGCCACAUUUUGCCAUGCAUCCCACCCUACCUGAACACAAAUACCCCUCUCUACAUUCCAGCUCCGAAGCAAUACGAAGAGCCUGUCUACCAACUCCACCGCUGCAGAGCAAUAUCUUCGCCAGCCUGGACGAGACCCUCCUGGCCCGGGCCGAGGCUCUGGCAGCCGUAGACAUCGCCGUGUCCCAGGGCAAGAGCCACCCCUUCAAGCCCGAUGCCACCUACCACACCAUGAACAGCGUGCCGUGCACCUCCACCUCCACCGUGCCGCUGGCGCACCAUCAUCACCACCACCACCACCACCACCAGGCGCUCGAACCCGGCGACCUGCUGGACCACAUCUCCUCCCCAUCCCUGGCGCUCAUGGCCGGCGGCGGGGCCGGCGGCGGGGGCGGCGGCGGCGGAGGGCACGAAGGGGCCGGAGCGGGCGGCGGCGGCGGCGGCGGCGGGGGCGGCGGCGGCGGGCCGGGCGGCGGCGGGGCCGGGGGCGGCGGGCCGGGCGGCGGCGGCGGCCUCUUGGGCGGCUCGGCCCACCCGCACUCGCACAUGCACGGCCUGGGCCACCUGUCGCACCCGGCGGCGGCCGCCAUGAACAUGCCCUCGGGGCUGCCGCACCCGGGGCUGGUGGCGGCGGCGGCGCACCACGGGGCGGCGGCGGCGGCUGCGGCGGCGGCUGCGGGCCAGGUGGCCGCGGCGUCCGCGGCGGCCGCGGUGGUUGGAGCAGCGGGGCUGGCCUCCAUCUGCGACUCGGACACAGACCCCCGGGAGCUGGAGGCCUUCGCCGAGCGCUUCAAGCAGCGGCGGAUCAAGCUCGGGGUGACGCAGGCCGACGUGGGCUCGGCCCUGGCCAACCUCAAGAUCCCCGGGGUGGGCUCGCUGAGCCAGAGCACCAUCUGCCGCUUCGAGUCGCUCACGCUGUCUCACAACAACAUGAUCGCACUGAAGCCCAUCCUGCAGGCGUGGCUGGAGGAGGCCGAGGGCGCGCAGCGCGAGAAAAUGAACAAGCCCGAGCUCUUCAACGGAGGCGAGAAGAAGCGCAAGCGGACUUCCAUCGCCGCCCCGGAGAAGCGCUCCCUCGAGGCCUACUUCGCCGUGCAGCCCCGGCCCUCCUCCGAGAAGAUCGCCGCCAUCGCCGAGAAACUGGACCUCAAAAAGAAUGUGGUGCGGGUUUGGUUUUGCAACCAGAGACAGAAGCAGAAAAGGAUGAAAUUCUCCGCCACCUACUGAAUUUGG